AUGCCUUCGAAGAUGCGCCUCAAUACUAGCCUGGUAGCUAGUCUGGCCGCCUUCCUAGGCGUCGCUGAUGCCUUCUGGCGUCUUCCUUGCCGUGGCCGAAGCGGCCUUGCUCGAAUGGACCCCUUGGUCUCCCCCGGCGAGGCUUCUUACCACGUUCACACGAUUCAUGGAUCUAAAGGAUUCGGACUGGAUGCGGACAUGGAGUCUUUGCUUGGAGGUAGCUGCACGUCGUGCGAGGUCAAGCAGGACAAGUCUGCCUACUGGACCCCUGCUCUGUACUUCGUCGACAGCUCCACCGGCGACUCUGAGCUUGUGGAUCAAGUUGGAGGAAUGCUUGCGUACUACCUUCUAUACGGAGACGAUGUGCAGGCGUUCCCCGACGACUUCCGCAUGAUUGCCGGCGACCCCUUCCUGCGAAACUUCACCUGGCCUGUUCCUGACCCUCCCAAGUCCGAAUGGACCGGCGACCAAGCUAGCCAGGCUGCUCUGAAGCAGAAGGCUCUCGGCUUUAACUGCCUGAACUACAACAAGGCUGCCGAACCGUCUCUCGGUCGUCACUUCCUGCCCGAGAAGUCAUACCUCGACGAGCACUGCACUGAUGGUGUCCGUUUCGAAAUCAUGUUCCCCUCUUGCUGGAACGGCAAGGAUGCCGAUUCGGACGACCACAUGUCCCACGUUGCCUACCCCUCGCUGGUCAUGGACGGUACCUGCCCCGAGGGCUUCGAGACCCGUGUUGUCUCGCUCUUCUUCGAGACCAUCUGGAACACCUACGCCUUCAAGGACCGCGACGGAUACUUUGCCCUUUCCACUGGUGACCCUACUGGAUUCGGUUACCACGCCGACUUCAUGCACGGUUGGGAGUCUGGUGUUCUCGAGGAGGCUGUCAAGACUUGCACCAACGCCUCCGGCGAGGUCGAGGACUGCCCCAUCUUCGAACUCCAGUCUGAGCUUGAGCAAGGCCUCUGCUCUUUCGACCUCCCUAGCAUCCUUGCCGGUGAGGAUGUCACCAAGGUCAAGGGCAGCCUUCCCAACAAGAUCGCCGUCGAAUGGGGUCCCGAGUACGCCUUCCCUAUCAAGUACGUCGGCGAAGACUCGACUUCGACUCCAGCUUCGACCUCCGCUGCGGCAUCCUUUGCAGCAUCCGCUACCGCUGAUGCGGGUCUCAGCCUUUCCAUCGGCCUCGGCGACUUCGCUGGUAAGGUCCUUGCGGCUGAUACAAAGGCUGCCGACACCAGCUCGACUACCAGCUCAACCACCGAGCCCCCGACCACUACCACUACUUCGACCUCCACCUCCACAUGGACCCCGACACCCACCACCUCUUACGUGGAGAGCACCGUCACACAGGAGACCGUCUGGGUGGAACAGGAAGUUGUCGUUAUGGUCGAUGAGAACGGUAACCCUCUGAAGACCGAGGUCGGCGGCGUCGACGUUGUCUCGACCGACUACAACACCGUUACCCGCACCGUUUCCUCGGUCGUUUCGAUCCCCACUGCUCCCGCCGAGCAGCCGGCCAAGCGCCACCACGACCACCUCGCCGCGCACAAGCGCCACCAGCACGGCCACGGCCACUAA